UUCGCUUCGUGCGAAAGCUUGUUCCAGUCGCUUCCCGGAUCCGUCGGCUUUGCAACCCCCCCCCAGACUCGGGUCAGCCGUUCAGACGUGCAAAAAAAAAACCCAGACCCCGUUGCCCCCCCACUUCCGAUGGCCACCCUGGAGAUCUCCCCCGAGUGCGAGGCGCAGGUGAACUCCUUCAAGGAAAACCUUUGCGUCCAGGCUGAAGAACUGGUUGCCAGAAGAUUUCCUGAGAAAGUGGUGGAGCUCAGUAAUUUUCUGAAGGCCCCUGAAUUGAACGUGGAGGAUCUCAUUUCGCUCCGGGCCGAAUUAGAUAUUCCCGUGCCGGAUCCCAAGAAGGACGAGGAACGUCGCAAACAGAAGGAGAAAGAAGAGAAGGAGGACAAAAAAGAAGAGAAGAGUUCUAAGAAGUCGUCGGAGGAUGAAGAAAAAGCUCCACCGUGUGGUCCGGUUUGCCACAACGACAAGAUCACGGCUCUGCUGAACCGGGUCAAACCCGAGAUCCAGGGCGCCAAGGAGAAACUGAACGUGAUUUCUCUCUGGCUGCAGCUCCUCGUUCCCCGGAUUGAAGACGGGAAUAAUUUUGGUGUUGCGGUGCAGGAAAAAGUCUAUGAAUUAUUGACCUCAGUCCGGACGAAGCUGGAAGGAUUUCAAACACACAUCUCCAAGUAUUAUUCUGAACGGGGCGAUGCCGUAGCCAAAGCUGCUAAGACUCCCCACGUGGGCGACUACCGCCAGCUGGUCCAUGAGAUCGACGAAGCGGAAUAUGCCGAAAUCCGAUUCAUGGUCAACGAACUGAGAAACAUUUACGCUGUGACCUACGACAGCAUCCUGAAGAAUUUUGACAAGAUUAAGAAGCCCCGGGAUGAAAACAAAGGGAUGAUCUACUAAAGGGUUCAGCCAGCGAUCAGGUCACCUCCCAGACCCUUUUUUCCUUCCCUGAUCAACUUGAUCCUCUUUCAAUAAACAGAUUUUUAAAACCUGG